AUGACUGCUCGGGUCGACUCGACAGGCACUCGUCAGAGGGUCAAGCACGGCGAGAACCAUCAUGAUGUGGACAAGAAGCAUGUCCAGAAUGGAGCAGCGACUUCUCCCGCAGCAAAACCCGCGUCCUCACCAACCAACACCGCAUCGACAUCAACCUCAGUAAGCGCACUGCCGUCGAUCCUCCAAAUCUGGGCUCCGACCCUCAUGCUCAUAUUCGGCGGCUGCUGCUCCAAUGUCUACACCCUCGAAUCCAUCAUCCAUGCCUCGCCCUCAUCCGGUUCUCUGAUCACAGCGUUCCAAUUCCUCCUCGUUGCCCUAUUCACCCUACCGCGACACUUCUCCCCCCGCCGGGGCUUGCGGAACCUCUACCUCAAAGAACGAAACAUCCCGAUCCGCAAAUGGCUGAUCUACACGGCCUACUUCCUGACCAUCAACAUUCUGAAUAACAGGGCGUUUAAAUAUCGCAUCAGUAUUCCCUUACACAUCAUACUGAGGAGUGCGGGCCCCGUCACCACCAUGCUUGCGGGCAGGAUUUGGAAGGGACGCCGGUACUCCACGCAGAAGGUGGUCGCGGUCAUGCUACUUUUCGGCGGGGUGGUGUUGGCUGCGUUUUCAGAUACGUGGUCCAAGCAGGUUGACAUCGGGGCGGCGGUCGAAGAGUUGGACGAUUACCGUUCGACGGCGGAGGCGGCGUCUAUGUCCUCCAAACUGCCGGCGUUUUCGUCUCAAGCCCCUGGCUUCGUGCUUCUCGCCUCUGCACUCGUCCUCUCAGCGUGUAUGGGGCUCUUCGCCGACGACAUGUAUGCUACGCACGGUCGAUCGGGGGACAUCACUGCCGAGACGCUCUUCUACAGCCACACCAUCUCGUUGCCAUACUUUGUGAGUCAAGUCCGGCCGCUCUUUUUCGAAUUCGUGAAUCUCCUGGCCGUCCCAGGCCACGACAUCGGCGGUGAUGAGUCAAAGAUGGACAUAGCUUCAUCUUCCUGGCUUGAUAACCCAACCUCCGCCCUCCCCCGCCCACUCCUGUUACUCUUGCUCAACGCCGCGACGCAACUCCUCUGCAUUAUAGGCGUGAACCGGCUCUCGGCGCAGUCGUCCUCCCUCACGGUCUCGAUCGUCCUCAACAUCAGGAAACUCGUCAGCCUUGUCCUGAGCAUCUGGCUGUUUGGCAACAAACUCCCCACGGGCGUGGUGAUGGGCGCGACGAUCGUGUUUGUGGGCGGAGCACUGUACGCUUUGCCUGCGCCUGGGCCGAAGGGGGAGGAGACCAAGUCGAAGACGAAGACGCGAUGA